UCUCGGUCUUGAGGCUAACUUCCGGGUUGAGUGUCGCUAGCUCAGCGUUGGAGCCACCGUCCUAACGCUACAUGUGUAUAGCUACAUUUGUGUCGAAUUAAACGAAUAACGACAACAAUUAAUCGACCGACAUGGACAUACUGAAAGCUGAGAUCGCGAGGAAAAGGAAACUCGUCGUAGACCAGCAGCUCGUUGACGACUCCAAAAAAUUCUUCAAAAGGUCUGAUCUUGCACGCAAGGAACAAGAAGAUUACUUCAGGAGAUGUGGAUACAAGAUUGAUAAGAAAGAAGAAGAUGAGCCAUCCACCUCAGCUAAUCCAGUGUUAGAAAUUGAAUUAACAGAAGAGAAGCUGCCAAUGACACUGUCCCGACAGGAAGUCAUUCGACGGCUAAGAGAACGAGGGGAACCAGUCCGACUGUUUGCAGAGUCUGAUUAUGAUGCCUUCCAGAGACUCAGGAAGAUUGAGAUUCUGACCCCAGAAGUAAACAAGGGCUUGAGGAAUGACCUUAAAGCAGCCAUGGACAAGAUUGACCAGCAGUACCUGAAUGAGAUUGUUGGAGGAACAGAGCCAGGAGAAGUGGACACACAGCACGACCUGAAAGUGCAUGAAGAAAACACCACCAUAGAAGAAUUAGAGGCACUCCGUAACACACUGGGCACAGGAGAUGAUGAAGGAGACCAGGAGGUUAUCGACAAGUUUCUGAGGUUUCUUCUUGGUGUUUGGGCGAAAGAUCUGAACAAACGAGAGGACCACGUGAAGAGAAGUGUUCAGGGCAAGCUGGCCAGUGCAACUCACUCACAGACUGAGUCUUACCUGAAACCUCUCUUCAGGAAGCUCAGGAAGAAGAGUUUACCAGCUGACAUCAAAGAGUCAAUCACAGACAUUAUUAAAUUCAUGUUGGAGAGAGAAUAUGUCAAGGCAAAUGAUGCCUACUUGCAGAUGGCCAUUGGAAAUGCUCCCUGGCCAAUCGGUGUGACCAUGGUGGGUAUCCACGCUCGUACUGGGCGAGAAAAGAUCUUCUCCAAGCAUGUGGCCCACGUUCUCAACGAUGAGACACAGAGAAAGUACAUCCAGGGACUGAAGAGGCUAAUGACUAUCUGCCAGAAACACUUCACGACUGUUCCAUCAAAGUGUGUGGAGUACAACGCUCUUUAACUUGUACCUUCAGUUUAACUUAUGCCAAGGCUGUCAGGCAAGUUUUAUCACAGUCCUAUAUGGUAAUUUUGGCAGCUACUCAAUUAUGGGUUCGGGCAUGACAACAUCUUGUAUUUCAAUGGCUUUCAACCACAUCUGCAUCUUUUUGGGGUCUGAGAAAAUUCCGAAUUUAAACAGAAUCUGGGUGAGCAAGACCUGUUGUAUACAAUCAGAGUUUUCACCAAGCUUUUAAGUGAAAAUAUCUCAGAUUUAGGUGGAGGACACUCAGCAACGUCUUAUUAGACUUGUCCCUGUGAACUACUGGGAAAACGGAUGCAUCUGUAAUGCCGUUAAUAGUCACAAGCAUUCUGUCCCAGAAAAUGUUUAUGAGUACACUCAUGAGUUCCAAACUAUUGUUGCAGGAAAUGUUAAACAGUAAAAAAAAAUAACUUGUGAGUACCAGUAAUAAAAGAACACAUUUUUCAAAGAGUGAUGUGGGAAACAAAUUUGUCAAGAGUUUCAGUAGUGUAAGUUUUAUUACAAAUGGAAUAUGGCAGUUCUUAACUCUUUCUAUCUCUGUUGACAUGCUGAAUCAAUGCAGAUUCAGUUUAAUGUGCAUGUUUGAAUUUUCAGUAGAUAAUUAAACCAAUCAAUGUGUCCCUGUACUAUCUUUGUAAGAAAAUAAAGUGUUUAUUUGGUAUAA